AAAAUGAUAUUAAUAGUGUGGGCUUGUGAGACGGGCAAAAAUCAAGCUCAACAAAUCAGCACUUCCAUUUAUGAUGCACUUAACAGUACUACUGAUGAACAAAUCAAAGAUGAGUUAAAACAAUUUUCCUUGCAAAUACUUCAUUGUAAUAAUACAUUUUCUGUGAAAGGUCUCGCUAUAGACGCAAAAUUUCUCGUUCGGAUAAUCGGUAGCAUCACCACGUAUGUAAUGAUGAUAUUUCAAUUUGAAUUUAUAUAUUUAAUGAUAUCGAAGAACACCAUGGUAACUACAGGACUAACAAAUGAUUCCUUUAGUUAUGUCUUUCUACAUGAGGACUGA